AUGCCUCUCUUCGGAUCCCGCCGCGAGCCCUCCCCGCCUCCUGCUCCUGUCUCGCCCACGCGCAGAUCAGGCUUGUUUUCCCGCCGCCGCUCCACAUCCCCGGACAUGCACCACAGCUCCACACACCACCACACGUCUUCCACGUCGACCAAGCGGCACUCGUCCGUGCUGCACCGCGGCUCAGGCGACCCGUCCAUCCACGCGGCGACGCAGUCGUUGCGCCAGGCCGAAGCCGCAGAGCGCGAAGCCGACGCCGCGCUGUUCCGCGCCAAGAACGCGGUGCGCGAGGCGCGCGAGCAUGUUCGUCGCCUCGAGCGCGAGGCUGCGGAAGAGGCGCGGUUGGCCAAGAUCAAGCAGAGCGAGGCUAAGGCGCUGGGGAAGAAGGGGAGGGCGCUUGGACGACAUGACCAUGCCGUGUAA